AUGCCUAGCCUCAAAAACUACAUCGUCUCGUGGGCGGUGUGGUUCAAGUUCAAGGGCACCUGGCAGUCCGCCGAGGGCCUCAACAAGCGCAUCGUGGAGAACCGCAAGAAUGGCACGCACCAGCCGCCGGACCACCUGCACAAGAAGUUCAUCAUCGAGGAGAUGAAGCGGCCCGAGGGCUACACCGUGUACACCGUCGCGCCCAAGUCGGAGACGCCCACCCAGGCGCGCCUGAUGUAUCUCCACGGCGGCGCCUUCGUCUUCGAGAUCACCGCCCAGCACUGGACCCUCGUGGCCGAGCUGGCCGACCGCCUCCAGGCCGUCGUCACCGUGCCCAUCUACCCGCUGGGACCGGAGACGCCCGUGUUGCAGAUGUACGACGAGGUCCAGCCACUGUACAACGAGCUCGCGGCCGAUCCGGACCCGACGCCGUUCUGGGUCAUGGGCGACUCGGCCGGAGCAACCAUGACGCUCGUCAUGACGCAGCAGGCCCGCCUGGCCGGCGUCCCCACGGCCUCGCGCCUCGUCCCCAUCUCGCCGUGCACUGAUUGCAGCCUUGCCACCCCGGAGCUGCACGCCAUGGCGCUCAAGGACCCCUGGCUCGACGUCCCGGGCAUCGCGGAGGUGACCCGCCUCAUCUGCCCGGGCGUCGACACCAGGAACCCGCGCGUGAGCCCCAUCUACGGCGACCUGGCCUUCCCGCCCAUGCUGGUCCUCGCAGGUGGGGUGGACCUCCUGACGCCCGACACCAAGAAGAUGGUGGAACAGGCCAAGGAGCAGGGCACCCAGGUCGAGCUGGUCUAUGGUGAGGGUAUGAUGCAUGUGUGGCCGCUGCUCCCCAUCCCCGAGGCGACGGUGGCUGUGAACAAGAUAGUCGAGUGGCUAGAGGAGUCGAAGAAGUGA